AUUGCCAGAGCGCGUAAUAUAAGAAGAAAUCGAAAUACAUUCUGCCCUGGGUUUGAAUGCAGAACAAAACAAGCACACGAGGAAAAUCUUUGGAUCGAAUGAUUUUUAAAAACAAGCUUAUUAUGUGUGCGUAAUAACUCGUCACAGUGAUUGUAAUUUAAGGCACAGCAUUUUCAGUCACAGGCAUUUGGAACUGAAAAAUAGUUGUUCAGUACGUAUGUACGGAGCCUUUCCCAAAAAGUUGAAUGCCAAGGGGAAAGUUUAUUUAUGGCCAUAAUUCCAUUCAAAAAGUUAAACUUCCAUAGAUUGUAGAUUCAGGGCCCACAAUGUAAACAAUUUCAAGUAUUGAAAGUAUCAAACUUUCCACAACAAGCCGAUCGAAUUGGAUAUCGAUGACGAGAGCUUAUUUUGCCGCGAGAGAACAAGUUCAUGGCGAGCAUUGUUGUUUCCGGAGAAGUGUCAUCGACGUGACGUGUCCACGCGCUUUUAUUUUGCUUUCAGCAACGGAAGUCCGAUUUGCGGUGAAGCCUCUCUCGCUUGACGCACAGUGCAGGACCGUCGCAUCCCGCAUCACCCGCGAGCGUUGACGAAAUUGCACGUUUCAGCGUUGGCUGCUUAUCAUCAUGGGGGAGCUGUUCAGGAGCGAGGAGAUGACCCUGGCCCAGCUGUUUCUCCAGUCGGAGGCUGCUUACUGCUGUGUCAGUGAACUGGGAGAACUUGGCAUGGUCCAAUUUAGAGAUCUCAACCCAGAUGUGAAUGUGUUCCAACGCAAGUUCGUGAAUGAAGUGAGGAGAUGUGAGGAGAUGGACCGAAAACUAAGGUUUGUGGAGAAGGAGAUCAAGAAAGCCAACAUUCCGACUGUCGACACCGGAGAAAAUCCUGAGGUGCCUUUUCCAAGGGAUAUGAUCGAUCUGGAGGCUACCUUUGAGAAGUUGGAGAAUGAAUUGAAGGAGAUCAACACCAACCAGGAAGCCCUGAAGAAGAACUUCCUGGAGCUGACCGAGCUCAAACACAUUCUUCGCCGAACACAGCAGUUCUUUGACGAGAUGGAGGAUCCCAACUUGCUGGAAGAGUCAUCAGCCCUGAUGGAGGGCAACGAGGGGGGCAGAGGGGCUCCGCUCAGAUUGGGAUUUGUGGCCGGUGUGAUCAGCAGAGAGAGGAUUCCAACUUUUGAGAGAAUGCUGUGGCGGGUGUGCCGCGGUAAUGUUUUCCUACGCACAGUGCUGUGCGUAUCUCGCUCAAGUCCCUCUGUGAUUCGUUCCAGUUUCCGUGCCUCUCUCUACCCUUGUCCAGAAACUCCGCAAGAGAGAAAAGAGAUGUUGGCGGGGGUCAACAGCCGUAUCGACGAUCUCCAAAUGGUUUUGAACCAGACCGAGGACCACCGUCAGAGAGUGCUGCAGGCUGCCUCCAAGACGAUGCGAGUUUGGUUCAUCAAGGUUCGGAAGAUGAAAGCCAUCUACCACACUCUGAACCUGUGCAACAUCGACGUGACCCAGAAAUGUCUGAUUGCUGAGGUGUGGUGUCCUGUCUCAGAUCUGGACUCCAUCCAGUUUGCCCUACGGAGAGGAACGGAGCGAAGCGGUUCAACUGUGCCGUCGAUCCUCAACAGAAUGCAGACCAAGCAGACUCCGCCCACUUUUAACAAGACCAACAAGUUCACCUCGGGCUUUCAGAACAUUGUGGAUGCCUAUGGCAUUGGAAACUACAGGGAAAUCAAUCCAGCUCAAUACACCAUCAUCACCUUCCCUUUCCUGUUUGCUGUCAUGUUUGGCGACAUGGGUCACGGCCUUCUAAUGACCUGCGCCGGUCUCUAUUUGGUCAUCCGAGAAAGUCGCCUCCUUGCGCAGAAGAGUGACAAUGAGAUGUUCAAUAUGGUGUUUGCUGGUCGCUACAUCAUCUUGCUCAUGGGGAUCUUCUCCGUCUACACGGGCGUCAUUUAUAAUGAUUGCUUCUCCAAAUCACUGAACAUGUUUGGUUCCGGAUGGAGCGUGAGGCCCAUGUUCGGGGCCAAAGGAGCCAACUGGUCAUUUGAAACACUUGAAGGGAACGCAGUGCUGCAGUUGGACCCAGCAAUCCCUGGUGUGUUCAAUGGGCCUUAUCCUCUGGGAAUUGACCCGAUAUGGAACGUUGCCACCAACAAACUGACGUUCCUCAACUCAUUUAAGAUGAAGAUGUCGGUCAUCCUCGGUGUCAUCCACAUGAUAUUUGGAGUAUCUCUCAGUCUUUUUAACCAUCUGUACUUCAAGAAGCCUCUGAACAUCUUCCUGGGCUUCAUCCCCGAGAUUGUCUUCAUGUCCAGCCUGUUUGGUUACCUGGUCCUGCUGGUCUUCUACAAGUGGACAGCUUAUGAUGCAUUCACCUCAAAAGAUGCUCCCAGCCUGCUCAUCCACUUUAUCAACAUGUGCCUCUUCAAUUACAGUGACCCCACUACCAAAUCCCUCUACGCAGGACAGAUGGGGAUCCAGGUUUUGUUGGUGCUCAUUGCCCUUGCAUGUGUACCCUGUAUGCUGGUUGUGAAAACUAUGGUGCUUCGCCGUCAGCACCUGUGGAAAAAGCACCUGGGCACGCAGAAGUUUGGAGGGGUGCGGGUGGGCAACGGGCCCACGGAGGAUGAGGCUGGGAUCAUGGACCACGACCAGCUCUCCCAGCACUCAGAUGAGGGAGAUGAGCAUGCAGAGGAAGAACCGUUUGACUUUGGUGACGUGGCUGUCCAUCAGGCCAUCCACACCAUAGAAUACUGUCUGGGAUGCAUCUCCAACACGGCCUCUUAUCUCCGACUGUGGGCCCUCAGCUUGGCUCAUGCGCAGCUGUCAGAGGUGCUCUGGUCCAUGGUAAUGCACCUGGGUUUGUCCUCCCGGAGCGGCGGAGGUUUCUUUGGCCUCACAAUCAUCUUUGCGGCGUUCGCUACCCUCACAGUUGCCAUUCUGCUCAUUAUGGAGGGGCUGUCUGCCUUUUUGCAUGCCCUGCGUCUUCACUGGGUGGAGUUCCAGAACAAGUUUUAUUCCGGCCAGGGCUUCAAGUUUGUCCCCUUUUCAUUCGAGAGCAUCCUGGAUGGAAGAGUUGACGAAUGACCAUUCGGAGUCCUGAGUCGUCGCUCUUUUUCCUUUUUCGGCGUGUGAGUGCGCAUGAACCCUCGUGCAAACCUCUGUGUCCCUCUAGUGGCAAUCCUCAUCCCCCAAAAUUGCUGGUGUGUGGUAUUAGUAUACAUGUUGUAAAAACGUUUCCAAUGGGACAGCGGUACUCAUACUGGAACCCAUCGUGCUGGUAUAAUGUCCCCCCCCCCCUCGCCCCCCUUAUCUAGCAGAAUCCCUUUUAUUUAUGGAUUUAUUAGUCAUGGCUUCAGUGAUGCUUGCAGUGCAAUUUCCUGUUGUGAGUCUCGAUUGUCCAUGUUUUGGAUUCGGAAAGGUACUAGUGCAACAUGUCUGGGCGCAGACUGUGGAAAAACCCGGUCAGGUCCACUUACUUCACGGAAAUAACAGAGACCGACAUGCACCUGUGGAACACCCGGUCGUCCCUUGCGCUGUAAAUUCCGAGUGCCGUUGGAAUGAAAAUGAGCGGCACAAGGAAACACAGUUGGAAUGGGAAGGCGCGACAUAACAUUGACUGCGCGGGUCACCGGGGAAAAAUGACCAGUCGACAAGUCCUAAUAGGGAGAAAGGCAGGUCAGCAGGUCAGGCUACUUGAAUUGCAAUAUUGAUGGAAAGCCAUAUGUCAUCAGUAUUUGAAGAUUAUUUUCCUACAAAAAUGAUAAUAGCUACUGUAUGUAAUGUGAUUCUGAGACCGCAAAAAAAGUUGCAGUAUCUUUGGCAAGAUUGAGGACUACCUGGUGUCUCCUGCAUGUCUUGUGUGUAAAUUGUGGACGACAGUUUGUCGUUAGACGAUCAUCUGUGCGGUGUGAAAUUAAAUGUACCAAAAUGAGAAGAAGACUUUGCUCCUGCGAAAGCCCUGCACGCCCGGUCAUGAUGUUCAUUCCAUGGGAAAGGAGACGGGGAGCAAUGAACACGAUUUGAUUGUAUUGCCGUCGUUUCGUAGCGUGAACAAUUCCGUUCAACUGCAGUCGCCUCCUCGAUGACCUGGGUGUCACACAGGCUCUCGAAAUCAAAAAUAUAACUCACGCUGGUAAAUCAUUGGUGAUGUGGAAGCUUAAUAUGUGUGUGUGAUCAAUAAUAAAGAGUUGAGGUUUCGA